ACGGCAAUUCUCUUGCAAGCCACAGCCUGCCUACCAUCUCUACAGGGAGCAAUUAAGCAGCCUAGAACCCAUAGACACAAUCAGUAAUUAACUACUUAAUUAGCCAUGGCUUGGGCAUCUUCAUUGGGUUUGAUGGUGCUCGUCGCAGCCAUGGCAUCGCCGGCGUCGGCGCAGCUCUCGGCGACGUUCUACGACACGUCGUGCCCCAACGCGCUGUCCACCAUCAGGAGCGUGGUGACGGCCGCCGUGAACAGCGAGCCUCGCAUGGGCGCGUCGCUGCUCCGGCUGCACUUCCACGACUGCUUCGUCCAAGGCUGCGACGCGUCCGUUCUGCUGUCCGGGCAGGAGCAGAACGCCUUCCCGAACGCCGGGUCGCUGAGGGGCUUCAACGUCAUCGACAACGCCAAGACGCGGGUCGAGGCCAUCUGCAACCGCACCGUCUCCUGCGCCGACAUCCUCGCCGUCGCCGCCCGUGACUCCGUCGUCGCGCUCGGAGGGCCGUCAUGGACAGUUCUUCUGGGGAGAAGGGACUCCACCACUGCAAGCCAGGCCCUGGCAAAUAGCGACCUCCCUCCCCCUUCAUCUGACCUUGCAAGCCUCAUCGGCAAUUUUUCCAACAAGGGACUCGACGUGACCGACAUGGUUGCUCUCUCAGGCGCGCACACGAUCGGGCAGGCGCAGUGCCAGAACUUCAGGGACAGGAUCUACAACGAGACCAACAUCAACUCCGCCUUCGCGACGUCGCUCCGGGCGAACUGCCCACGGGCGUCCGGCACCGGCGACGGCAACCUGGCGCCGCUGGACGCGACGACGCCCAACGCGUUCGACAACGCGUACUACACCAACCUGAUGUCGAACAGGGGGCUCCUGCACUCCGACCAGGUGCUCUUCAACGGCGGCGGCGGCGGCACCGACAACACGGUGAGGAACUUCGCAUCCAACGCGGCGGCGUUCAGCAGCGCCUUCACCACGGCCAUGAUCAAGAUGGGGAACAUCUCCCCGUUGACCGGAACCCAGGGGCAGAUCAGGGUCAGCUGCUCCAGGGUGAACUCAUAAUUGUGGAAUUAGUAACAAGUGUCUAGAAGAAAUCCAUCAAGUGUACGGAGAAGAGCAGCCAUGGCAUGGCCUCUGCACGACUGCAGCUACGUUACGUGCCAGAAUAAACGUACCUCAUGCAAAGGCAUGGAGGGUUAAUGAACUGUUGUUACCUUCCCUUAUGUCAGUUACUUGGCCAUUGGACCAUUUCACUGCAACUCAAGCUGUGCCUGUGCGCUGUGCCUCGUGUCAGGCCUGGGCAGGAGGGCUCUUUUUGUUGACUUGUAUCCCGUUAAUCAAGGCGGCUUGGCGCAGUGACAGUACUCUGUACCAACCUACUAAACUCAUAUACUCUGUUUAGGUGAAAUGAGAAAUGUUUUUCACGAAACACGAUAAAAA